AUGUCAUUAUAAUCAAAAUCAUAAAAACUUAGAACUAAAAUAAUUUCUAUUUUCAUAUUGUUAAAUUAAUUAGAAAUAAAGUAAAUUCAGAAAAGGAAUAAAAAAGUACAAUAAAGAUUAUAAUUCUAUUAAUUAAGAGAUUUAAUAUCAAUAUAAAAGAUUGUGUUCAAUUAUUUGAAAAACUUAAAACUAAAUAAAAUUUCUUAAUAUAUUUUAAAGAAACGAUAGUAUUUUUAUCAUUCAAAUAUAAAAAUAUGUUUUAAUCUAAAAAGAAUAAAAAAAAUAGCAAUUAUUAAAUACAAGAAUAUAUUGAAUAAUAGAUUAAAUAAUAAACAAAUAGUUUAAUCUAAAAAAUUAUAUUAGCAAAUUAUAAGAAUAUUCAAUCUUAAGGUAUUAACAGNAUCUUUAACAGAAAGAAAAUAUUCUAAAGCAUAAACUCCAACAUCUGGAUUAUAAACUUAAAGGGAUACAAAAACCAAUUUUACAAAGACAUUUGUAAAGUGGUAAUUUAAUUAAACCAGCAACAGAUCCCUUUAGCAAAUUAAGAAAAUAAGGGAAGAUUAAGGUAAUUUAAAGCCUUCACUUUCAAAAGAUUUACAUAGUUUAAAAUAUAUAGGAACUUUGAAUGAUAUAGGUUAAGUGAAACAUAAGAGUAAAAGACACAAAACCAAUCAUAGCAUAAUUAAACAUAUUAGUGGUUUUGGAUGA